UUCCGCUUCCAGUGCAAAGCGUGGUCUGUGGCGUGCGUUUGGUGAUUUUUGCUGCGAUUUGAGUCUGUACUCGCCAGCCUGCUGGUAGUGACGGACUGCCGCUUGCUCUUUAUUCGUUGCUCGUGCCUGCAGUUCUUCAAGAUGGUGGUUGAUAACGCUCUAGCGCGGGUAAUGAGUAGGGCCAAGCAGGCGGACGAAUUGCUUGCUGCGCUUACUGCUCAGCUGCAAUCUUUGCGUGCUGCCAGAACAGAGCGAUAUGUUCAAGCCGAAUGCGCCCGCUUACGAAGCGAAAACGAGCAACUCCGCCGAGAUGUCGAAACAUGGAAAAACCGCCUCGAGGCUGCCGAAGCUGGCAACGGGAUCGCGCCAGCAGGAGUUUCCGCACAACAAGCGAAACCUGAGCAGCCGGCAGCUCAAGCAAAAAGCGCUAAGCCAGCUACACAAGUCGCUCCGCAGAAACCUAGCGACGCUGGUGCCGGCGAUCAGCCUAAGAAACGCGCUGGGCCCGCUGUGGACACGAAAGCAACCCCAGCGAAGAAGGUGGAUGCUAAGAAAAAGGUCGAAGACAGCGAUGACUCGAAGCCUGUAGAUGUGAGCUGGCUUGACCUGCGUGUGGGACGGAUCGUGAGCGCAGUCAAGCACCCCGAUGCAGACUCUCUCUACGUUGAACAGGUAGACGUCGGAGAGGAGAAGCCACGCACAGUCGUCUCGGGACUGGUAAAGUUUGUGCCGCUUGACAAGAUGCAGAACCGCAUGGCUGUGCUUCUCUGCAACCUGAAGCCUGCCAAGAUGCGUGGUGUGACGUCGGAAGCCAUGGUCAUGUGCGCGAGCACUCCGGAGAAAGUUGAAAUUUUGGCUCCUCCACCAGGUGCUCAACCAGGGGACCGUGUUGUAUGUGACGGUUAUCCAGGCCAGCCAGAUGCGCAGCUGAACCCCAAGAAGAAAAUAUUUGAGCAGGUGGCCCCCGACCUCAAGACUGACAGUGAAAAGAGGGCGACUUACAAAGGCCAGCCGUGGCUUGUUACCGGCCAUCAGGGUCAUGUGACUGCAGAGACACUAUGCAAUGUCCAGAUUAAGUGAUUUUACAUUUACAAGCUGCAGUAUGGUCUAUAAUCAUGAUGAAAAUGAGCGGAAAAAGUGGCAACUCCUGUUGCUGAAAGAUAAAAAAUUAACUGACAAGUUGAACUAUACAAGCACAAAAAGCAUAACGCAUAUUUGUUAUGGUAAUAAAGAAAUGUUGACGUUUAAUAUAUGCUAAAAAAAAUUAAAUGAACAAAUACUGUGCACUUGAAAUUACAUAAGCGUGCCAUUGUUAUAGGUUAUACAAAACAUAUUUGCUUUUUAGUUAUUAUCGGCAGUUUCUCGAGUCUUGCAAUAAACCUUACCAAACUAAA